CGUUCUUGCGGAAGUUGAAAAUCGUGGAACGCGCGAGCGCUGUCUUCUUAAAUAUUUUGACGAGGAUAUGGAAGAUGCCUGGGAGAAAGAGCUUUGUAUUUUGUCUUUGCUGAAGCAGGCCGAAAAUACCGAAGUCGCUGGAGCUAGCUUGGCGAGAUACAAGUGGCAUUGCACUGCAAAGCAGCACUCAAUCACAGGAAUUGUCCCACAAGAGCUUCAGGAAAUUAAGAAUUCAGCGUUGAUUUGCUUUGAUUACGUUCCUAACAAAUGCCUUCAUGAUUACCUGGAAAACAAGGAACCACUGACAUUUAGGAUCGUGUGCUCCUUGUGCAUUGAUAUCAUAUCAACCAUUGAAUACCUACAAACGUGUGGAAUAAGUAAUAACAACAUUAACUCACGAGCAAUCGUUGUACGUCGAACGGGAUCGCAGGAUUCUCCAGUGAAGGCAGUUAUUGUGGAUUUCUCAAGAGCAAUGAAGCUACAAAAAUAUGAAGACGGCUCAUACGCAAAAGCUGAUAUUUUGCAGUUCAGGUUUUUGUUUAGAGUUUUGCUGAGGAACUGUCCCGAGGAUUGUAGUCCUUACCAACAGAUUGAUGACAUUCUUUCUCUUUGCAAAUAUGAAAGAAAGGUGGAUACUGCUGAAUCAAUAAAGUAUUGUCUGACGAGUGCACUGAUGGAUAUAGACGAAACAUUCAACACAAAGCUUUGAACACGUCGUUCAUAAGUGUGUUCUCAUAUAUAAAAAUGUAACCGCGUUAAUUUAAUAUUUUAUCAAUAAUGAACGUAGAACUUGAAGAUAAUCGAUUCCAAAUGUAGACUUUGUUGUUAGCUCAAGCAUGUACAUAGCUAUUGUCCGUAGAAUUGGUGAAUGCAUGACCAAAAGUAACUAUGAGUAUCUAUUAUUGAUGGCAAUAAAUAUUAAUCAUGCCUUUGCAUCGUUUGCACUGCAACGCAAACAGUCCAGAUUUAACUUCUCCACUGCAAUUAGCAAUUGACUUCUGGAAAUCAACUAAAGUACAUCGGUUUUAAUUGUCACUAUUUGCACGUUGUGUAUUUUUUUCUGGUCUGGUCGCGUAGCAAUUCCAACGGCGAAAGACGCAAACAAUUGAAAUGAACAUUAUGGUCUUUUGACCACAGUGAUUUUUGAAGUAUGCAAUCACCUUUUCGCUUUGACAACCUCUUGAAAAAGAGGCACAUGUAUAUUCAUGUCGGUCGAUAUCGAGUAAUGAUUUGAACCAAAAAGACUACUGUUAUAGAAUAGAAGAACAGAAUUGAAUUAAACGAUAUUGGAAAUCA